ACAGAAUGGAAGGAUUGUUAGCAGUUGUGCUUUGUUUGAUAGUUGCAGUAUCUACCGCGCCGGGUCCGUCGCAAUGGAUUACCGCGGGUAAUUGUGGUAUUUCUUCUGGACGUGCACCAGAUCCGUUUAUCGUUGGUGGAGAUGAAGUCAGUCCCAUGUAUAAAUGGCCAUGGAUUGGAAGUCUCAGAAGCUCUGGUAGUCAUAUAUGUGGCGGUUCCUUGAUAAAAAACACGGCUGGUAGAUAUUUCUUCGUUACAGCAGCACAUUGCACCUAUGGGUCCAACGCUAACCGAUUGUCUGUAAAACUAGGAACACAUUUCCGAGCUGACGUUUCAGAAGGUGGAAGCAUGAUCUUAAACGUUAACAGUAUUAUCAACAACCCAAAUUAUAGAUCAACCACCCUAGAGAACGACAUUUCAAUCCUGAUUCUUACAAACAGCGAGUUUAUUGUGGAAUCAAACCAGAUUCGUCCCAUCUGUUAUGCCAGUAGAGAUCAUUACGCUGGGGAAGUAUGCACUGUAAUUGGUUGGGGAACAACCACAGAAUCGGGUACGUCAGCUGCUCGAUUACAAGAAGCUUCUAAACCUAUUUUAUCCGAUUCUCAAUGUUCUUCUGAUCUUGGUUCUAACAGUUACUACUCUAACUCUAUGCUUUGUUCUGGUUAUGCUGCUGGUGGAGUAGAUGCCUGCCAGGGUGACAGUGGAGGACCAUUUUUCUGUCAACGAAAUGGUGUAUGGGAACUCGUUGGUAUUGUAAGCUGGGGCUAUGGGUGUGCCCGACCUGGUAGACCAGGGGUUUACGGUGAUUGCUGGAAUUUAAGAGAUUGGGUUAGACAGACCAUCAACUCCAACUAAAUAUUAAAACAUUCACUGGAUAAAGAUUUCUAUAUCUUUUUUCACACUUUA